AAAUUAUUGAAAAGCUGAGCUUCCCGAUUCAAACUUUUCCUGCCAUGUCUAUCAGAUGUUGGACAUUGCACAGUUGUUUUAUCUUGUUGACUAGGUGACCCAGGGCUAUGGUUGAUGCAUAGCCUUACGUUUCCCUGGUUAUUGAAGUUCUGGUUGUACAGUCGACUGAGGGAUUAGGAAGUUCUACAGUAUGAGGCGUGGGGAAGGGCCGAAGGUGGAACUGCGGUUCCUAAUAUCGACCAAAGCAGCUGGUGUAAUAAUAGGGAAAGGGGGUGAAAAUAUUAAAAAAAUUCGCGAGGAGUAUUCCGUUAAAGUUACCAUCCCCGAUAGCAAUGGCCCUGAGAGGGUCUUGGUUCUGGAUGGCGAUCUCGGUUCAGUCAUCGAAAUAUUCAGAGAAAAUCUUGAGAAGAUGCAAAGUAACCGCGAUGACGGAGUUGAUUUACGUUUACUUGUACAUCAAAGCCAGGCUGGAUGUGUUAUUGGAAGGGCUGGAUAUAAAAUCAAAGAAUUACGAGAGCAAUCAGGUCUUCAUACUCUCAAAGUUUAUCAGAUGCUGUGUCCAUGCUCUACUGACAGAGUGAUUCAAUUGGUUGGUGAUGUGGGGAAAGUACUUGAUUGUCUCCGUUCUAUAGCUGAACUUCUUGAGGGUGCCCCACCUAAGGGCUCUCGCCAGAAUUACGACGCACGAAAUGCAGAUGAAUUUAUUUCUCUUGAGUAUGGAGGCUGGGGAGUAGGCAAUCCAGGUCCUGGAUUAAAUUUGGUCCGUGGUAGGAACAAUGUUGCGAAUACGAGUUACCCCCAUAACAAUAUACUUACAACUGGGAUUUUCGGCGGGGGUGCUUCCGGAGCAACAGGACGCAAUGGUGGGCAAACGACCUCUGUUAGUCAAGCACUAGCUGGAGGUCUUCCUCACGCAUCAGCAGCAGCCAUGCUUGCUGCGACUGGUGGUCAGACAACUGGCGGACACAACCCUGGUACGGCAGGAGAUGCUGCUGCUGCUACGGCUGCAGCAAUGGUAGCCGCGGGAUUCAUGAGGGGGUUACCCAGCCGUAUGGCCAUGAGUAUAUUAACUCCGACUACUAGCACUCAGGUCUCUGUGAGCAACAAGAUGAUAGGUGCGAUCAUGGGUAGAUCCGGUUGUCGCAUAAAUCAAGUUCGUCAUGAGUCAAAUGCAGAUAUUAAAAUCAGUAAACAGGAACCCGGUGUUGAAGAUCGUAUUAUUACAAUAACUGGAACUCCUGAACAAAUUCAAAACGCUCAAUUUCUUCUUCAAAUGUGCGUUAAACGAUAUGGUGAUCAAAUCUGAUUCCUCACUAUCAUCCUUGUUUUCUUUUUCCCUAACUCCGUCUCUUGCGGAACUAAAUGAAAACCCAUAUCCUCACUAAUUUUAUUAUUCUUGAAUGCUUUAUCCAAUUAUUUCAAUUACACAGAUAUGUUCUAUGCAGUUAACUUGUUAAUGUUUUGUGUUUUUGUAAAAAUUGAAAACACUCGUUUCAUUCUUUACGAAUAAAAGUCGCUAGUUAAUAUGAACGUCACUGGAAAUAAUAUGAGUCUUUCAUUCAUUUUAAAAUGUGUUAUCAUAAUUCUUAUCCAUUUCUCUUCAGAAAUUAAAGUAGCGUUUAGCGCUUCAGAUAAAACGUUAUUCUUUUAUAAUUAUCAGCAAAUCUAAUAAACGAUGUGAUAUGUAUUAAUAAUUAAGUGAAUACUUAUAGGACUUACUUCCAUAGUUCAUAAGAGAGAAACUAGAUUUGUAGUAACAGUUUAGUCAGCCUAGGGGUGUGAUCUGAGAAUCAGAGGAAUAACUCCUUAAGACAAAUCAAUCAUGACCAUUAUGUGUGCGGUCAUUUCUGCAAUAAUGACUUCCUACUUUAUAUAUCUUACUUCCAGAACUGAAAGUCCAUGUAGUAUUUCAACGACUGACACUAAGCUAUUGCGUGGCUGUGCAAAGAUAGGAUGACUGAAGAUCCGUUAAAGGUAAACACGCGUCACCACUACCUAAAAAUAACAAAGCUUACAUAGUUUCUAGUGUUUGUGCUUUAUUGUUACUGAACAUCGGAGCUUAACUGUGCACAAAUGACUGCUAGUGGAGAUUGAUUGGAUGCUGUAGCGAUCGCUCCAACAACAGUAAAACAAACAUUUAUGUAUCCUGAAAAUCCUCUUCAGUUGACCGUCUUGUAAUAUCGAAAUACCUAUUAUCCAAUCAGCGCUAGUCGAUACUUGGAGAACAAUCUAUGGAUCUUCUCAUGUAGAAACUAUAAAUAUACUAACGUUUUUCCUAUUGUGCUUCUUACUUCCAUUUAACCUUGUUAUUUGGAAUAUAAUCUCUUUCCUGUUCAACCGUGUUCUGAUCUGGGGACCUGUUGAGUGAAUUGGUGUCUGAGAAGACUAAGCAAUAGGAAUAGCCGGGUUAUAACCGUAAGAA